AUGGUAUUCUCUAUCCCCUUUGAUGACAGUGUUGCUUUCAACACUUUUUAAUUUGCUUUGGGAAAUCCUAAAUAUUUGAAGACACUAGGCAACCCUUUGCUCAGAGCCCAAAACUUGCCAAAAACACACGUGAAAAUGCUAAUUUGCGGCAAGAAAACGAAAAGUUUAAGAUUAAAUAACAAUUAAUUUAAACACUAAAGGAAAAGUGAAUCAUAUAAAAACGAUGGCACUGAGGGCAUACCUUCGGGAGGGCUUUAACGUGGCGGCCAUAAUGGGACUGGGGGACACAGUGGCCCAGCUUUUCAUCGAGAAUAAGCGAAUAAAUGACUGGGAUGCCGGUCGUACGCUGAGAUUCAGUGCCUUGGGGUUCAUCUUCGUCGCACCAGUGGUACGGCGCUGGUACCUCUUUCUGGAGAGCAAGGUGCCCAAGGAGUUGACGGCGAUGCAGCGCGGCAUACGUAAGAUGCUGACAGAUCAGGUCCUCUUUGCGCCGCCCUUCACAUUGGCCAUGUCCUGUUUGGUGCCACUAAUCAACGGGGAGUCCACGGAGCAAGUGAAGAGUCGCAUUCAGGACAGUUACUUCACCAUUCUCGGACGCAACUACAUGCUCUGGCCGUUGGCGCAAGUUAUUAACUUCUCCUACGUGCCGAUCUCCUACCAGGUGUUGUAUGUCCAGGUCAUUGCGCUCUUCUGGAACAGCUACGUGUCCAUGAUGCUCAACAAGAAGCAGCUGGAGCACAUGGAUCAGAAGCCGCACACGCCAUAACUUUGAAUAAAAUCGUAAUAAUAGUCUUA